AGCAGAAUCAUCUCACACAUUAAAAGAUCAAGAAGCCUCCACAUCAUGUGUCACAUCCCCGUCUUCUGCUGGAUCUCAGCCACUGUGCUGCAGAACCUCCUGAAACAAGAUGACAGUGCAGAAAUCCCUCAAACUCUGACUGAAAUGUACAUCUACUUCCUGCUCAUUCAAACAAAUAUGAAGAAGAUCAACAUGAAGAGUCAGAAGUAUGAUGAGAGAGAUCCAGAGAAUCUCCUGAAGUCCAACAGAGAUGUGAUUGUGAAACUUGCUGAACUGGCUUUCAAACAGCUGAUGAAGGGCAAUGUGAUGUUCUAUGAAAAGGACCUGAUUGAGAGCGGGAUAGACAUCACUGAUGCCUCAGUGUAUUCUGGGAUUUGCACUGAGAUCUUUAAGGAGGAAUCUGUGAUCCAUCAGAAGAAAGUCUACUGCUUCAUACAUCUGAGCUUUCAGGAGUUUCUAGCGGCUUUCUUUUUGUUUCACUCCUAUGUAGUCAAGAAUGAGGAAUCAGUGAAGUCAUUUCUGAAUGACGAAUAUCAGCGGUGCAGUCAGGAAAACUCGUAUGAGCUACUAAAAUCAGCAAUUAAUAAAUCCUUAAAGAGUAAAAAUGGACACCUAGAUAUUUUCUUGCGGUUCCUGCUGGGCGUCUCACUGGAGUCCAAUCAGAGACUCUUACAGGAUCUACUGACACACACAGUGAACAGCUCAGAGACAAUCAACAGAAUCACACAGUACAUUAAAGACAGAAUCAAGGGUGAUUAUGAAUGUCUCUCAGCUGACAGAUGCAUCAAUCUGUUCCUCUGUCUGCUGGAAAUAAAAGAUCAGACUCUGUACAGAAAGAUUCAGGAGUUUGUGAAAUCAAAGAAUCACUCAGUGGAGAAACUCUCUCUGUCUCACUGCUCAACAAUCGCCUACAUGCUUCAGAUAUCAGAGGAGGUGCUGGAUGAGUUUGAUCUGAAGAGAUACAACACAUCAGAUGAGGGUAGGAGGAGACUGAUACCAGCUGUGGUGAACUGCAGCAAGGCACUGCUUGCUGACUGUAAUCUCACUGGUUAUUGCUGUGAAAGUUUGUCUUCAUCUCUACAAUCAUCAAACUCACUGAGAGAGCUGGACCUGAGUAACAAUGACCUGCAGGAUUCAGGAGUGAAGCUGCUCUCUGAUGGACUGAAGAGUUCACACUGUCAACUCAACAUACUGAGGUUAUCUGGUUGUAUGGUGACAGAGGAAGGCUGCUGUUUUCUGGCUUCAGCUCUGAGUUCAAACCCCUCACACCUGAGAGAGCUGGAUCUGAGCUACAAUCACCCAGGACAAUCAUUAGUCAAGCUGCUCUCUGAUCCAAACUACAGACUGGACAAACUCAAUGUGGAUCAUGGAGGAGAAAUCAGGAUUAUAACAGGGCCACAAAAAUAUGCAUGUGAUCUCACACUGGAUUUAAACACAGCAAACACUUAUCUGUCUCUGUCUGAGAGGAACAGAAAAGUGACACAUAUGAGAGAGAAGCAAACAUAUACUGAUCAUCCAGACAGAUUUGAUGAGUGUUAUCAAGUUCUAUGUGGAAAGAGUCUGUCUGGACGCUGUUACUGGGAGGCUGAAUGGAGUGGGAAGGUUUAUAUAUCAGUGACAUAUAAAGGAAUCAGCAGGAAAGGAGAGAGUGAUGACUGUUUGCUUGGAUACAAUGAAAAGUCCUGGAGUUUGAACUGUUUUAAUAACAGUUUCUUUGUGAGACACAGUAAUAAGAUCACAGAAAUAUCUGUCCCUUCACAUCGCCCUAAGAAAGUAGGAGUGUAUCUGGACUGGUCAGCCGGCACUCUGUCCUUUUACAGCGUCUCUGACACACACACACUCACACGCUUACACACAUUCAACAGCACAUUCACUGAACCCCUCUAUGCUGGAUUUGGGGUUUAUUCUGGUAGUUCAGUGUCUCUGUGUGAGAUUAAACAGCCUUUCAUGAGAAGCAAGUGAGACACACAGUUAAGUGAAAGAAACUCAUUCACAUUAUCUCUCUUGAACUCAACAACUGUAAACUCUUUCUCUCUUCGAAUCUUAAUUUCAGUGUGUGUGUGUGUAUAAAAACACGUUGACUUCAGUCUGAAUGAGACACACCACAGACUUGUUUUGUGUUUUUAUAAAGGCAUCCGAAUAUGAGGUUUGUCUUUCUGAGUCACUGAGCGCCACAUGGAGGAAGAUUUAGUUUCUCGCUCACAGGAAACAGUUCUUAGCAACCGCUUGCUCUGUUACUAUGGUAACUGAGGGUCAGUCAGAGCUCAUCUUCUAAACACACGUCAUCACAAAUGUUAAAGGCUGUGGAGCUCAUCUUAUGCUCCAUGUGGAAGGUUGACAUCUCUUCCUGAUCACUCAUUCUCAACUGUCUGUCUUAAAAUCACAGUCAGACUGAUUGUUCAGUAGAGCUGAAGAUGUGGAUCAAACUCAUGUCAGAUGUAUUCUUUGUUUGAGACUCGAUGAUCAGGAGAGUUUGAGAAUCUCUCAUAGUUGUAAAACCUGAAUACAUUCAAUGAUCAGCUUGUGUCUUGAGCUCAACAUUAUUAUGGGCUGAUAAUUUAUCCUCAAAUUAUGUAUUUUAGUCUGUUGU